GGCAAGUCCGAACACAUCGAAGCGGGCAGUGUAUCAGUGAGCGUCCCGCAACCCGCGCCCACCCGGGGACCCCCUCCCCUCCUAGGGGGAGCCGGCGAGCGGAGCCUCGUCUCAAUCCUUCGCUUCAAUGGUAUCGCCCCACCUUCCAAAGCUGUUCAAAUACUCUGACCAGGGAGACCUGUCCAUCGUUGCAAAACAGGUUGGAGGUUGGAAGUGCAGCGAAUUUGAAUUCACUAUUGCUGUUAUAUUCUAAACAGUAUAGAAGGAAAACAAGUUAGCUGGGCACGAUGGCUAAUAUCGACGAACUUACAACGGCGGCAGCCAGCGGGAACAUCAACAGGGUGAGAGAAUUAUUGGACAAUGGAGUAGACCCCAAUGGUGUCAAUAAAUAUGGCAUGACUGCUUUACAGGUAAUGAAAAUGAGCCGUCCAGAUAUUUGCCGGCUUCUGCUGAACCGCGGAGCAAAUCCCAACGUGCAGGAUCGGCAUGGCAUCGCACUCGUCCACGAUCUGGCUCGUGAAGGUCACCUGGACACGUUGACUGUCCUGGUAGAAGAGGGAAAUGCUGAUAUCAAUCUUCGAGAUGGAAACAAUAAACAAGCCAUAGACUUGGCGAGAGAAAAUAACUAUCCUGACAUAGUGGACUAUCUGCUUCGGCGAAACCAAGCUAUUUAAGUGGGUGCCUAACAGUGUAUCACUUUUGCUAUCUUAGUUCUAGUUUUUAGUAGAAACAUUCUUAUGACCUCAAACAUUUUCAAAAUUAUUAAGGUCGAAAUGUGAAAAUUCGGAACGAAAAUACU